GAGGGGAGAGUGAGAGGGAGAGAGAGAGAGGGAGGGAGUCGUGGAAGUCUGAACAAAGACUCAUACAGAGAGAAAAAAAGAACGAGUUUGGAAUCUGAGAAAGCGUCAAGGACGAGUGAGAGAGAGAGAGAGAGAGAGUAUCACAAAUAUAGCGAAGGGCAAAAAAGAAGAACAAGAAGGGGAGUCAGUGUGUGUGUGUGUGUGUGUGUGUGUGUGUGUGUGUGUAGGAUGUGUCCUGCCUUGUUCUGUGUGUGUGUGUGAGAAAGUGAAUGAGUCUACGCUUGAUGCCACACCUCCCUCUCUACUCAUCAGGGCGAGAGAGCAGCUGGGAGAGAGAGAGAGUGAAAGAGAGAGAGAAGGACGAAAGAGAGACUCUAACUACCUCAGAGUGCAGUUACAGAUUGCUGGACGUCCUGUCAGACCCCCACACACACACGGCACUGUGCUGGGUUUGGUGGCCUUGAUGCGAGUUUCGAUGCAGCAGUUUGGUGGAAAACAAGAAAACGGUGGUGAAGACGUUUCUCCUGAAUCUGGUUUAGAAACACAAUCAGGUCAAGAACAACUCCACCUCCUGUAAGACACAGGGCCUUUGUUUCUGUGUAAGGUUGAGUGUAGAGUCCUGCUGAACGCGUCCCCGCGUACACGUCCCCUUGACGUCACAUAACACACACCUUCUGACCAAUCAGGUGAUGGACUGAGGUGAAGAAGAGGUGCAGCCAUGUCGUUCUUCGGUCUUGACUGUGUGAAAAAGAAAGAGAAAGAGACGGAGAGGAGGAUUCGGGCAAAUGACAGGGAAUACAAUCUGUCCUUCAGAUAUGCGACCAACGGGAUCAAGACCUCCAAAUACAAUGUGCUGACCUUCCUCCCUCUGAACCUGUUCGAGCAGUUCCAGAGGAUCGCCAACGCCUACUUCCUCUGCCUGCUAGUCCUUCAGGUGAUUCCCGCCAUCUCUUCUCUCUCAUGGUUCACCACAGUCGUGCCCCUUGCCCUGGUGCUGACUGUCACUGCCGUCAAAGAUGCGAUUGAUGAUAUUAAUCGGCACAAGAGUGACCGGCAGGUGAACAACCGCAAAGCCGAGGUGCUGAUCAACGGAGAGCUCAGAAGUGAGAAAUGGAUGAAUAUUCAAGUGGGUGACAUCAUCAGGCUGGAGAACAACCAGUUCGUCACAGCUGAUCUCCUCCUGUUAUCUAGCAGCGAACCCCUGAACCUGGUUUACAUCGAGACUGCCGAGCUGGAUGGGGAGACCAAUCUGAAGGUGAAGCAGGCUCUGACAGUAACAGGAGAAAUGGGAGGGAGUGUUGAGGCCCUGGCUGCAUUUACAGGAGAGGUGUGCUGUGAACCCCCUAAUAACCGUUUGGACAUUUUUUCGGGGACCUUGGUGUGGAAGGGACACAAACACCCGCUGGACAAUCAGUGUGUGCUGCUGAGGGGCUGUACUCUCCGAAACACGGCCUGGUGCUUUGGCCUGGUGCUGUUUGCUGGUCCUGACACGAAGCUGAUGCAGAAUUGUGGGAAAACCAGUUUCAAGAGGACGAGUAUCGACCGCCUGAUGAAUGUCCUCGUGCUGUUUAUCUUCGGGUUCUUGGUGUUGAUGUGUGUGAUCCUGGCGGUGGGUCACGGUAUCUGGGAGAACUUUGAGGCCAGUUACACCACCUACAUACCCCGAGAGGGGAACAUGGGCGCUGCGUUCUCAGCCUUCCUCACCUUCUGGUCCUACAUCAUCAUCCUCAACACCGUGGUGCCUAUAUCACUCUACGUCAGUAUGGAGGUGAUCCGUCUGGGGAACAGUUACUACAUUAACUGGGACAGACUGAUGUAUCACGAGCGCAGCGGCACGCCGGCCGAGGCUCGCACCACCACGCUGAACGAAGAGCUCGGACAGAUCAACUACGUCUUCUCUGACAAGACCGGCACACUCACACAGAACAUCAUGAACUUCUCCAAGUGUUCCAUCGGUGGCAAGACUUACGGAGAUGUGAUUGACCACUACACAGGACAGAGGCUCGAGAUCUCAGAGGACACACUCCCUGUGGAUUUCUCCUUUAACGAUCUUGCUGAUGGGAAGUUCCAGUUCUAUGAUGCCUCUCUGUUGGAGGCAGUGAAGCUCGGCACUCCACAAGUUUGCAAUUUCUUCAGACUGCUUGCUCUGUGCCACACCGUCAUGCCCGAUGAGACCAACAAUGAGUUGGUGUAUCAGGCUCAGUCUCCAGAUGAGGGCGCUCUGGUGACGGCGGCGCGUAAUUUUGGCUUCGUGUUCCGCUCGCGUUCUCCGGAGUCGCUGUGUGUGGUGGAGCUCGGUGAACUACGCUGCUAUGAGCUGCUCGCCAUCCUCGACUUCAACAACGUCCGCAAGAGGAUGUCUGUCAUCGUGCGUAGUCCAGAGGGACAGCUCUCACUCUACUGUAAAGGAGCAGACACCAUCAUUUAUGAGCGACUCCACAACUCCUGCAGCAAACUGAUGGAGGUCACCACAGAACACCUGAAUGAAUUUGCUGGAGAGGGUCUGCGCACACUGGUCUUGGCCUAUAAGGAUCUGGAUGAGCAGUAUUUCUCUGAGUGGAAACAGCGCCACCAUGAGGCGAGCACUUCUCUUGAUCAACGGGAAGAAAAACUCAACGACCUGUUUGAGGAGGUUGAAAGAGACUUGCAGUUAAUCGGAGCCACAGCGAUCGAGGACAAGCUCCAGGAUGGUGUGUCGCAGACCAUCGAGCAGCUGGCCAAAGCUGACAUCAAGAUCUGGGUGCUGACAGGAGACAAGCAAGAAACUGCAGAGAACAUCGGCUACUCCUGUAACCUGCUGCGAGAGGAGAUGACUGACGUCUUCGUCAUCUCUGCAAAGUCACAUGAGGAAGUGAGGAGGGAACUCAGAGACGCUCGGGUUAAAAUGCUUCCAGACUCAGACGAGGAAGCGUCUUUCAUCUCAGAUAGCAUUCUAGGUAAUGAGCCUAAAGUUGUGCACGAUGAGAAUGUGAGCGGAGAUUACGGCCUGGUCAUCAACGGCCACAGCCUGGCGUACGCUCUGGAGCGCAGUAUGGAGCUGGAGUUCCUGCGUACGGCGUGUAUGUGUAAGACGGUGAUCUGCUGUCGGGUCACUCCUCUACAGAAGGCUCAGGUGGUGGAGCUCGUUAAGAAAUACAAACAGGCGGUGACUCUGGCUAUCGGAGACGGCGCUAACGACGUUAGCAUGAUUAAAGCGGCUCAUAUCGGAGUGGGCAUCAGUGGGCAGGAGGGCAUGCAAGCCGUUCUCUCCAGCGAUUUCUCCUUCGCUCAGUUCCGUUACCUGCAGCGCCUCCUGCUGGUGCAUGGCCGCUGGUCCUACCUGCGCAUGUGCAAGUUCCUACGCUACUUCUUCUACAAGAACUUCACCUUCACCUUCGUGCACUUCUGGUACGCCUUCUUCUGCGGCUUCUCCGCCCAGACGGUGUAUGACCAAGCCUUCAUCGCGCUCUACAACCUAAUGUACACAGCGCUCCCGGUUUUGGGCAUGGGGCUUUUCGACCAGGAUGUGAACGACAGCUGGGGUCUGGAGUACCCUCAGCUUUAUGGGCCGGGUCAGCUGAGUGUGUACUUUAACUUGGGAACCUUUAUGAAGUGUGCGCUCCACAGCUGCUACAGCUCCCUGGUACUGUUCUUUGUGCCCUACCUUUCCCUGUACGACACCGCGGACUACCAGUCCUUUGCCCUGCUCACGCAGACGUGCCUCAUCUUCACUGUGUGUGUUCAGUUGGGCUUGGACCUGUCGUACUGGACCGCGGUGAAUCACCUGUUUGUAUGGGGGAGUUUGGGGAUGUAUUUCCUCGUCUCCUUUGCUAUGCAGAGUGACGGACUGCACCAACUCCAGCCGGGCUCCUUCACCUUCAUAGGCACCGCGCGCAACACUCUGGAUCAGCUCAACGUGUGGCUGACGAUUGUCCUGACAGUGGUAUUGUGUGUGCUGCCAGUACUCAUUCACCGCUUCCUGUACAGCCAAAUCAGUCCCACUAUCAAUGACAAGGUGAGGUUUAUGGUGCACCAGAUGAAGGCCCAGCCUCCUCCUCCUCGCCGUCGCACCAGGAUCCGCCGCUCUAGCACUCGCCGCUCAGGCUACGCCUUCUCUCACACUCAGGGCUACGGCGACCUCGUCACCUCCAAUCGGUUCCUGCGCCGACAGGCCCCGCCCCGGUCCACAGGUUUCACUCCCACAGGCCGCACAGCCUGGUUCAGCCCAAUUGGGAAACAGCAGAACUCUAAACAGGAGCUGGAACCCACGAAGCUCCAGCACUAUCGUGUUGUUAAAGACUCCGCGUUCUAGAAGUGGAGCUUCGUGAUAGACGCAAUUGUGAUGGAUGUGAAGAACAAAAAUUAGAAGUGGUUUCUAACGUAGAAACUUCAGGGACCCCAAUGAGGCCUGGGUUCUAGAACGGGUCUUAAAACCUAGAACUCUAACGAGCCAUCCAAUAGCCAUCAAGUGCUCCACCUUACCAGGAUACUGUGUACGUGAAGGACUUGUACUAAACUCCACUUGAAUGAAGAAGAAUCCAUUUAAAACUGCAGAAGUACUUUUAGAGGCGGGGCUAAAAAGUGGGUUUGAGGAACAAAAUGAGAAGUGGAUUCCAGAACCAAACUUGGCACCAAAGUUGGUGGCGAUGUUCUAACUAAAUUAAGAACAGGUUCUAGAGUCCACAUUUGGCACAGGUUCUAAUACCAAAAUUAGACUUUAGUUUUAAAACCAAUAAAGGUUCCAUUACUCCAAGAGUUCAAGCACCAAAUUCAGGCGCAAAAAAGAGAAGCUGGUCCAAAACAACAGCUGAAAUCACAUUCAGGAUCUAGAACUAGACUAAUGAGUGGGUUCUAGAGGCUACGUUAGGUCUGGACUUCAUGUUUAUUUUUACAGCAUGAAGAACAGGGCUUCUGGAGCAGUGUUUCCAUGGUUCUGCUGUUCUACAGAACAGAACACAAUCAGGAGGCCCUCACACACUAAAGGGAACCAGAUGUUACCUAAACGUACGAACAUGUAUUACAAUGUUUAGAUGUAAAUAUGAGGUUCUGAUAUAUAUAUUAAUAUUUAUGCAAUAUUUUACAUUCCUUUACACCACACUCUGUCACACAAUAUUGCCUACAUGUAUUAAUAUGUACACAGUAUUAUACCUCUCGCUCUCGCUCUCUCUCUCACACACACACACACACACACACUCACACACACACAGAGAUUAUGGUACCAGGUUUCACAAACGUCAUCAAUCCCUCAUGGACGUGUCCCCAAUCACACAUCCUGUCUAUCAUCAGUGCAUUGUGGGCAUGUCUCAAACCACUGCAGGUGUGGAACAGAGGUGCAUCCUGUGUCUGCUGUUGUGAAGAACAUCGCAGUGCAUUGUGUAGUGUGUAGGGUGCAGCUGGAACGCACUGUUACUACAAAGGCACAUGACCCCCAAAGACUGGAAUCACAUGACCCCCAAAGACUGGAGUCACAUGACCCCCAAAGUCACAUGACACAACAGACCAAAGGACAUAUUUGUGCUUUAACAGAAUAAAACAGGUGUAUAAAUUGUAUAAAAGGUGUAUAAACAGGUGCAUGACUCCUGAAAAGCAGCAUGUUUAUUUUUGUGACCAGGAAGUGCCUUGUGUGUGUGUGUGUGUGUGUGUGUGUGUUGUAUUACUAAGAGAGUACUUUACACAAGGUUGUCCAUGACUACAUUUCCAUGGAGAAUUUUAACACCAAAGCACCAAACCCCCAGAUGUUUUGGGUUUUUAUUGAGCUUUCAGAUCUGUUAACAUUUCCACUUUUUUACUUUCAGUUCCAAUGUUUUAUGUUUUGUUUGUUGCUGUUUGUUGUUGUUGUUUAUUUUAACUUUGUGUUCAGAUAAAUGCCACUGUUACUGUAAAUCAGAAGCCUGUGGAACUGGAAGUGUCCAGGCAUCUCCCGAUUGUGUAGUUUUGCGUCUCUGGGUUAAAGAGAGGAGCUCAGGUGGAUCAUGUGACCUGUAACACCACAAAGCUUCCUUUUCAUUUUUACUCAAUCUUACUGCGCUACAUAAACACAGCGCCGCUGUCAAUCGCUGUACAUGUAUUAGCAGCUUAGUUAACAUCAGGUAAACUGUUCAAACUUGCAGCUAAUCUCUCUACUAGUGUGGUGAUGGAAUCAGCUUUGUGAUUGGCUUGUCAAAUUUAACUUAAGAGACGCAUAUCAGAGUUCGGCAAUCUUUUUUUUUCACAGUAAUGUUUAUAGCGCAAUGUUGGUACCAUGUUACUGCAACGCUGCACGUUUUCGUUGUAAUCAUGCUAAUAUAAAUCUCUGUGAUAUUUAUGUCUAAUUGGGAAUGUUGUGAAUAAAGCAUCAUUACCAUGUGACAUUUCCAGAACCAUCCAGAACCUGUCGAGUACGUUUAAUAAACGCUCUGGUUUUAGACGGUGUAUGUAUGGUAUGGGUAAGGCUUCCUAUAAAGUCUAGUUUUAGGCUUAAAUGAUUAUGUUUAUAUUUUUUACUACAGACAUUUAUAUAAAUAAAAGACUUUUAUAUCCAGAGAA